AUGCCUGUCACCACCACCUCAAGUAUCACUUCUGCUUCGGCGACCUCCAGCUGCCAUGCCAAGCUAUACGACAUUCCUACGCAUGAUGCCGCCUGCGCCAUGCCUAUGAAAGGCAACUACUCGGCAAUUAUGAGUAGUUGUUGCUCUUCUGCUUCUGUGGUCGAGUACGAUGGGUGCGAUUAUUACUGCUUGGCUCAGGGUCAGACCGUUGGUGAUCUCGCCGAAUGCCUCAUCAAGGCGUCCGAGCCUGGCCAGGUUUGGUGCAAUACCAAUGCCAACGCUAGAGCUACCGCGACAGAACCCACUACUGGCACUGAAAUCAUCACUCUCAGUGCCACAACUACUGGCACUGAUUCCACGUCCUCCGCCACCUCAAGCAGUGCCACUGCGAGCUCAACUGCCAACGCUGCUGGGUCUGUCGUACCUCAUCCUGUGUCCAAGUCUGCCGUUGGAAUGGUUGUCCUUUUGUUGGCCGGGUCAGCAGCAGGAUAUUUUGUUUAG